UAGGCGCGCUCUGAUUGGUUGCGUUUCACGUGUCACGACAUUCCAAUCACACACGAGUGUUGUCCGAACCGCUCUGGAGCCGAACUCUGUCCCGAACUCAUCGCUCGGGCUUCCCACAGUGUGAUCUUGCUGAGAGAUGGCGGAGCUGAGCGCGAUUCGGCAAGAACUUACAAUUGGCCACUGUGUAUCGAACAUCCUUCUUUACUUCCUGAUUGUCAUUUAUCCACUGCAGAGAACCAGAAAUCAGAGCAGUUCUUUCGGGGACCCUCAAUGCAUGUCCCCCCAAAAAGAUGAGCAACAAAAACUGGCUGUUCCAUUCUGCGGCGGCAUACGGGGCGGGAUGCGGCCGGGGAAGAAAAUCACGAUCAUGGGCGUCGUGAACCCAGACCCGGACAGUUUUGACAUCAGUCUGACGUGCGGUUGCGGAGACGUGGCUCUGGACAUGUGUGUACAGUUUGAAGACCGUGAGAUUUUGCGGAACGCCUGUGUUUCUGAUACCUGGGGAGAGGAGGAGAGAUCAAUACCAUAUUUCCCCUUCAUCGCAGAUCAGCCUUUCAGGACGGUCACCAGCUCUUUGACUUCUAUCAUCGAGUGACAUCGCUGACAGCGAUUGACACCAUUCAGAUCAGCGGCAGUCUGACCAUCAACAAGCUCAACUGAGGAGAGCCGCAUGUUUGGUGCAUGCAUCCAGCUUUCCCACCAGUCGAUCCAUUGAGACUCUGGGCCUCCGAGCAUUAAACAUCAUGCACAACCCAUCUAUGAUCCACUUUAAAACAGGAGAACCUUCUAGAAUCACACAACUGGACCUCUAGAAUCUAUAGAACAAAAUGGCUUUCCACUUUUAGACGUUUGAGGAGAUCUUCUGAUAUUUGUUUUUGGAGUAUCAAAAUUGUUAGUAGCCUUUUUAUUUAAAGAAGUUAAAGUGGAGAUGUCUCUAUAGAAAUGUGAAAUCAAUGUUGCUUUCAAUAGUGAUGAAACAUUCGGUUCAGAUUGCACAUAAUCCACAUUAAUACAUCAUCAUCAAUGAAAAGCUAUAUGUGCUGAUAUAUAUUAGAGAGAGAUAUAUGAAGAGAUAAUGUAAAUGAGCGUACUUCCUGAAUUUGACAAUGUAACUGCCUGGCUAAUGUUCUCAGGAGAAAACCUCAGAGAGAUUUAUUUAUUUCCAUGUGUUACAUGUGUAGUGAUAUUACAGCAAUAGUGAUAUUUUCUUUCAUUUAUAAUUCCACAUUAAUACUGACAAGCACUUGUGUUUAAAAACAAUGCAUUUCUGUUUGGUUGUGUAGUAGUUAUAGGUGCUGUUGUUUCUUGAGACCAGCAUAAAAUCAGGGAGAUAAUCAUUCCAUUGAAAUUCUUAUGAAAUGUUUGUGAAUAUUUAUUGCCAUUGACCACACAGAGUUUCAUGUCAACCUCUUCUGAAUUCACACACACUUUUUUCUGAAUUACUCUGUAAUUAAUUAAAGAUUUUAAAUAAAUAUGGUUGGAUUGU